AUGCCCGCAUCAAAAGACAGACACUAUGACUAUAGGAGUGGACAUCGAAGAUCCUCCAGCAAGCGCCAUCGUCGCACCAAGAGUCAUUCCACCCUUCCUCGACGCAAAAGAUCUUCCAGUCCUUCCAAGCUUAGCUUAAUAGCCGGUGGAAAAUAUGCGGAAUAUAGUCCACGAGGAAUUGGGAAAAAUCGUGGGACAGAUCUGUUCAUCGCAAAUGGUUCUAUUUAUGCUGUGAAGGUGGAACCUGUGUCUAUCGUUGAUUGUAUUAAGCUCCGUAGGAUUAACCCUGUAAUUAAACCAGACAUUCGAGAAGAGGAAAAUUCCUUCAAAAUGAAAUCCACCACUUCCUGCUACAUAGAGCCUGUAAAUUCAAUUAGGCCUUUCAGGGGGGACAGUACUCUAAACGGUGGAAUUUUUGGUGUCGACAGCGACAGCACUCUGACAAACUCCAACCUCAUUAGCGAUGAAUCAGAUCGCACCAACGUGGGUGAUAAUUUUACAACCAAAUUAAAUGAUAUCAUAUUGAGAAUGGAAAGUACUAUAAACAUGGAUGACGAAUCGCGAUAUAUUAUGGAGUAA